AUGCUUCCAUACGAAGAAGCCUUGACCCGCGAGUUCUCCGUUCCCUCCUCCAUCCGCCACCGCGAAUCCAACAUCAGAUCUCAAGCUGGGCAACCCACCCCCAAGAAACAGUUCUACAACACUGGCGCUCAUUUCCUCUGGAUUGGCGAUCGCACUCGCCAACUCACCCAUGCUCACAUCGAGUACUUCAGGGGUAUCCGCAACCCAAUCGGUGUUAAAGUGGGACCGAGCAUGGCCAACGAGGAGUUGGUUCGCUUGCUUGACAUUGUCAACCCUGACAAGGAGGCUGGAAGGGUUACGUUGAUCACUCGAUAUGGCGCAAAGAAGAUCGAUGCCCAUCUCGCCUCACAUAUCACCGCAGUUCAAGAAUCUGGACACCCUGUCGUCUGGGUCUGCGAUCCCAUGCAUGGAAAUACCCACACCUCCUCCAACGGCCUCAAGACCCGAAGCUUCGGGUCUAUCAUCGAAGAGCUUACCUCGUGUCUCCGCAUUCACACCGCCUGCAACUCUCGUCUCGGUGGCGUCUCUCUCGAAUUCACCGGCGAACUCAACGACGAGGGGUUCAGUGUCACCGAAUGUACCGGUGGAUCCAUGGAGCUGAGCGAGGACGAGCUUGGCUUGAGGUACCAGAGUUUCUGUGAUCCGAGGUUGAACUUUGAGCAAAGCUUAGAUGUCGCGUUCUUGCUUUCGAACCAUUUCAAGCAGGAGAGGAAGGAGCAAGCGCAGGCUGCGAAGAACGCCGCCAAUCCUAGCCGCGAUGUCCUUUUUGCUGAAUUGGGUGGUCGCACUCCCGCUGAACGCGUUUAA